AUGGCUAGGAAACGAAAGAGUGCAAAGACAGCCAUUAAGGCCAAAUCCACUCAAUCCAAGGCUACAGCCGAAAAGCCAGUGGUCAAAAACCCUCCCCGUCCUGUUGGACGGAUGAGAACACGUAACAAUUCCACCCAAAUAGACGAUGUUCCUAUCACCCUAGUUAAACCAGUUACUGACAAGAUGUUAAACGAUUUGACUCCACAACCCCCUAAAGAACCCGUGGAAAUACAGGAUACACAGGUAGCUGAUAAUGAUACUGAAAUAGAAGGUGAAAAGCCACCAGAACUUCCAGAACAUCCACAAUCCCAAGAUUUAGACGAACCUGAAUCAGACCUUAAUUCAUCACCCAUCAAAUUGAAUCGUUAUAUAUCACCAAUACGAAGAAGUGUGGCCUUUUCUGAUGACUUAAUCAGUGACACGCCAGACUUGAGACCUCCAGUCAAUGCUACGCCCAAAAAGUCCAUUCUCAAAUUGAGUCCUAGAAAGGCUGAAAGAGCCCCUUCAUUCAAGACUUUUAACCCUGAAGACGCUAGCUUUUGGUCCAACGGUGUGAUAGUUCAACUCCCACCGCAUUCAGAUAACUUCCUUACCCUUUUCAACGGUUGUUUGGCGGUAUUGAAGGAUAAACAGUUCAAGCUACGAUUCGAGGUAUAUGCCUCGUUGAACUAUAACAUGAAGAUUAAUGACUUAAGCAGUAUUGUCAACCAACCAUUCAAGUCACCCAAAUCUCCUCGAUCCCCAAAACCACCAAUCAAUCGAGUUUCACAACUAUCGGCCCUUAUACAGCGAGAUAUCAGUGAUAUAGAACGAGAUAUAUUCAACCAGGAAGACGAUAAAGAAAACCUCCCAGACAAGAACCAUCAAGAUAAGAGCGAUCCGUUUUCUACCAGAAUAAUCAGCCAAAGUUUGAAGUUAAUGCUUCUAGUGAUAAAUGAACCAAGCUUAAGUGAGCUUCUCUCGGUAGAUGAUAUCCGAUGGUUCUACUACCAUUCAUCGUUGAUGAUCAUCAAACCUGAGAUUUCCAAAGCCUUGGCUAUAAGCUACUUAAAUAUCUUAAAAGAAACUCCUUUUGUACCUAAGCGGAAGAGAUUGAUAUUUGAUAAUCCCACCAUCGAUAUCCCUGAACAUAUGUUAUUCGGGUUACUCAACAUGAAGUACUUCCCAUCAGUGUCACUUCAACAGGAGAAACUUGUGGCCCUCAAAAACUUGGUCAAACAAUUCCCUAACACCAUGACCCAUAACUUCAAUCAUUGGUUCCCAGUGUUCAUGAAUCAAAUGUUCACCUUAACGGGAGCUGGGUACACCAAACCAUUCAUUCUACUGAUUCUAGUGUUGAUGGAAAGUUCUAGAGUGUUCUUGAAUAACCAUAAUGUGGGUACGAUGGUCAAUGAUUACUUGGAACAAAUGGAAAACGAUAGUUCCAAUUUCGAUUGCCUAAUUGGGAUACUUGAGAAUUUGGCUGAUAGUCAGAAACACAAAAACGCUUUGGAUAUUUGGUUCAGUAUAACCUUGAUGGUGAAACAACGUCUGGGAUUCGAUAAUUGGAAGUUUUUGGCUCGUUGGUUGAAUGUUUUCAAGUAUUGUAUACCACGGGAAACCCCGGAGAUGGCUAUUAAGGCUUGGAGGGCUGUGGUUUAUAAUUUGUGUUGUGACUUGGAUAGUGGAAGGAAAGCUAUGGUGUUGAGCAAGGAGACGGCCAAGGAAAAGGCCGUGGACAAGGUCCAAUUAGAGAAUAAAUUCGAUCUUCUCAAAACCAUUCUUCAUUGUACCACCUCCAACACCCUCGAGACCAUGGAUGCGUUCGACGGAAUCAUACUUUGUAUGGUAUAUGGGUUGAGUCGAAGGACAGACUCAAUCUACUGGGAUUAUUUGCUUCAGCCAGUAAUGGAGUUCUAUUUCAUCGGCGACAAACCCAGCAUUCAUGGGUCCAAUGGUUCUAAACUCCUCAUACGGUUGAUGAAACCCAAUAAUGAAACCUUUGAUCCCUCAAGGUACCUUUCUAACGAUAAAUUACCCAUCACUAGUAUCAGACCGUUGGACGCCGGCUGGAUCGCUCUCAACACUGCCAAGUUUCUCCCCAUUAUGAAGCUAGCCUUACAACAAGACACCAGACCUGAAGUCAAAUUAUCGGUUAUAACUUCAUUCUGUGACUAUUUGAAGGGACACAAGAAAGUUCUUUCAAUGGUAAAACCUCAACUUCACCAGAUGAUGACGGGAAUCUGCCACCAUGACAUUUCUACCAAGAGUUUAGUGGCCCCAUUUGCAUGUUUGAUCAAUACCUAUGGAGUCCAUGAACUAUUAGAGCCAGAUUUUAUCCUGCUUUUCACCAAUAAACUCGUACAAGGUAACGGGGACUUGGACACUCUUCUAGGCAGCCUAGAUAGGUCCAAGAGCUUACCCAUAAUCACCCGAUACUUCAAACUCAAGGGAGUGGAUAAUACCUUCGGUCAGAGAUUGGAAUUAUGUAAGGUGAACUUUACUUCCCCCAUUGAACUUAAAGAGUGUGGGGAGUUACUCAAAACUUUUACUGACGUGAAUAAGUUCCUUAAAGGUAUCAUACAGAGCUUGGUGCUCUUAAAGGAACCAGAAUUUCUCCAACUGGUGAAGACUAUCGACAUUGUCAACUGGAAUAUUCAAAACUUCAAGGUAUACAUUGCUCUAAUCAAGACCUCCCCCUUCCCAUACAUGUUAACUAAUGGCUGUGAGAUGAUCCAGGAGAAACUCGAACGGGAUCCAGCAGUUAUGGACAUAUUUCCAAUUUUGUGUGACAACAAUGGAAUUUUCCGGGGCACUUAUAAGUCCUUUUUGGCCCGGUAUGAGACUUUGGACGAUGGUGGUAAGCAGGAGUUCAAAAAAUGCUGGAAAGAUUACUUGGACACUGUCAGAAGAGAAGAAAGAUGGGGGGAUUUAGAUGAAAUGUUAUGUGCUGGAGAUUUGGGAGAAUCUUUUGAUGUGAGUAAUUUACCACGGUAUGGAGCUAAAGUAGAGCUUCAACAACGACUUGGAAUGAGAGGUCUGGAAAAAGAGUAUGAAAAAGGGGGUGAAAAAGGGGGUGAAAAAGGUGGCGAGGUAAUUCCUGAGUCGUUGGAGAUCCCUUGUUCGCUGGAGAUCCCUGAGGUUGGAACAUUGGAAAUCCCUGACUCUAUGGGAUCAUUGGAGAUUCCUGAGUCGCUUGAUUUAGGGACCCUGAUUGUCCCAGGAAUGGAAUUAGUUCCAGAAACUGUGUCUCAACCAGGACUCGACCUGGAUUCAGAUACCCCUGAUAACACCUUCUCAUCAGAAACAGGCAGUAACUCCGAUGACGAUCUCAGUUCUCCAGAGAAACUGAACAAAAGACCGGCAGAAGAAAUGUUCACCGUCAAACGUCAACGAUUAAUGGAUAUGGGGUCCGAUAGUAGCGACUCUGUAGACGAAUCUCCCUGUAAGAAACCAGAGAUAAACCAUAAUGAGAAAGUCAACCGUAUGAUGUCGUUAGCUGAUGAAUUGAGUCACUGUGAACUCAAUGGACAACAGAAGAAUGAGUUGGAAUUGAAACUUCUUCAGUUUUUAGUAUCUCUUAAGUCACUGUAA